AUGACCCACACCCUGGGUACAGGCUCCAUGGCAUCACAUGUUCUUGGACCACUGUUGGCUUUUUUGGUCUCUGGUGUAAAGGGUCUCAUGAUCUUCCCGCACGACAAAGCACGAUUUGGAUCCGUGAAACUCUCUCAUUUCCUGGUUCUAGUUAACCAGAUGAAUGGGCAAGGACCCAUUGACGAACCAAUCUGGAAAUAUACCCAGAAGUACAUCCUGGAAACCAUUGAAAACAUCUUCUUCCCCACAGGUUUUGAUCCCUCCAACCUCAAUGAUGUUGGUUGGGAUGAGCAUGAAGUGUCCAAGUUCCAGCUUGCCAAAGCACUGGAAGUAGACCUUUAUAAUUUUUGUGUGAAUAGGACUAAAUUCUCUGGCGGUGAGAUUUAUAGAGACCCUCUGUUUGACCUACCUGACAUUCAAGUUGCCAAAGAUCCUAACAAAAAAAAAUAA